AUGAGUCAUCUGAAGAAUGUGCUGAGACUUGUCGGUUGCUGUCUAGAAUUUGAACAACCAGUUAUGGUGUAUCAAUAUGUUGAAGGUAUAUCUCUUUUCGAUCUACUUUUCAAAAAGGGUAAUCUUAGUAGAAAAUCGUCAUUAUCUUGGGGAAAUCGAUUACGGAUUGCCAAUGAGAUUGCUUCUGCAAUAGUUUUUCUGCAUACCGAAUUUACUACGCCCAUUAUCCACAAAGAUUUGAAGCCUCACAAUGUGAUAGUAGAUCAGAAGAGCGGUAUUGCCAAAAUUGUAGACUUCUCAUUCUCCAUAUCACUGCCUCCAGGAGAAUUGGAGGUACAAGAGGAUUGGAUGUAUGGAACAUAUAGGUAUAUGGCUCCAGAACAUGUCAUAUCGGGUAUUAUUACUCAAAAAAUUGAUGUCUACAGCUUUGGGGUUCUUCUCUUUCAGCUAUUAACCGGGAAGGCAGAGCCAGAUAUUUUUAUGGAUAGAGUGGAUUCUACAAAUUCAAAAGAGAGAAUAGAUUUUGAAGACGACGCUAAAUCCAAUACUGAAGAGGGAAAUACUGUGGAUAGAGUGGAUUCUAAAGAGACGGUAUAUUUUAAAUUUGUUGAUGGUUAUACUAAAAAGGGUAAUAUAAUGGAUUUAGCGGAUCCUAUCAUUUUAGAAGAGCAUGGAAUUGAGAUUCAACAACAAGUGAAAGACUUCUCCGAUCUUGUUAAAAAAUGCACAGCUUUGAAGGGAGAUGAUAGACCAUACAUGAUUCAUGUCGCAAGGGAAUUAUGUCGAAUUGAAAAGUGUUUUCGUGCCCUAGCUCUUGGUCAAAAUUAA